AAAAGAGAAUUGUCUAGAACAUAGAUAAACAUUAUAUACGUCUAGAAUUUAUUGAUUGUUUAGCGGGAAUUCCUUCCAGGUUUUUAUUAAACCGUUGAUAAUACUAAACGUUUUAACCAAACUAAUUAGUGGUUUUCUAUUAAUAUUUAAAGAAAAAACUCCUUGAAUUAUUUGAUCAAAUUAGAACAAUCAUUAGGUUUGACCAGUGUUUAGCAAGAACAAGCUGAUAUGGCUGUACCAAUUGAUAUAUCUCCGAAUAAAGAUAGUGGAGUCUUAAAGGAAGUUAUUCAGGAAGGUACAGGAGAUGAAUAUCCACCUCCGGGAUGUAAAGUAUCUGUACAUUAUACGGGUACUUUGACUGAUGGUACCAAAUUUGAUUCUAGUAGAGACAGAAAUGAACCAUUUACAUUCGAUUUAGGAAAAGGUAAUGUCAUUAAAGCUUGGGAUAUUGGAGUUGCAACUAUGAAAAAAGGGGAAAGGUCUAUUUUAACAUGUGCACCAGAAUAUGCAUAUGGGGCUAAUGGAAGUCCACCAACCAUACCCCCAAAUGCCACGCUUAAGUUUGAUGUUGAAGUAUUAAAUUGGAAAUGCGAGGAUUUAAGCCCUAAUAUGGAUGGUACUAUUGAGAGGGUUCAAAUAAGUCCUGGUGAGGGGUAUUCAACACCCAAUGAAGGUGCUCAAGUUGAAUUACAUAUUGUUGGAAAGUAUGAAAAUAGAAUAUUUGAUGAGAGAGAUGUGACAUUUACAGUAGGUGAAGGUUCUGAAGCAAACAUAAUCUCAGGAAUUGACAUAGGUAUCCAGAAGUUUAAGAAAAAUGAAACUUCUAGAUUAAUUAUUAAACCAAAAUAUGCAUUUGGCCAGGAAGGAUCCAAAGAAUAUAACAUUCCUCCAAAUGCUACAGUAGAUUACACAGUUACUUUAAAAAAAUUUGAAAAAUUGAAAGAAACUUGGUCCAUGGACGGUCAAGAAAAAAUUGAACAAUCAAAAAUGUGCAAGGAAAAAGGAACAUAUUAUUUCAAAGCUGGAAAAUACGAUUUGGCAAUUAAACUUUACAAAAGAAUUCAAUCCUAUCUGGAGAACGAGACCGAUACUGAUGCAAAAGAAGAAAGAGACGCUCUUCUAUUAGCUUCCCAUUUGAACGUAGCUCUGUGUCAAUUAAAGCUGAAGGAAUACUUCGACGCUCGAUCUGCCGCUACUUCCGCUUUAAAAAUAGACCCCAAUAAUGAAAAAGCCCUUUUCAGACGUGGACAAGCUUUACUGCAAUUGGGAGAACCUGAAUUAGCAAACAAAGACUUUACCAGAUGUUUAGAAAUAGAUCCGAAUAAUACAGCUGCAAAGAACCAACUAACUAUUUGUUCAAAUGCAAUAAAGGCAAUAUUACAAAAAGAAAAGAGGAUUUACGCUAAUAUGUUUGAUAAGUUUGCCAAAAUGGAUACACAGAGAGAAGAAUUUGAAAAAAAGAAACAGCCUAAUGUACUAAGCUCCGUUGGUGAAUGGGGUCAAGAAGACAGAGACAGAGAGCCAAGUGAAUUUGAGAAAGAAAAUCCCGACAUUUUGUUGCUUAAUAAGACUGGAGAAUUCAAAGAUAUGUAAAUUCCUUAUGGUAUACUUUUUAUUUAUAUUAAAUAAAAUGUGCCUUAAAAUAGCAUUUAA